AUGGAAAGUGACACCAUUGUAUACUCGAUCCUGUUAUUUGGAGUCGCCUACGUGUACGGAUAUUUCACUUCAUACCUGUUCUUGUAUUCACAAUAUGUCUCAAUGAAACCUCGCAACGACGAGCCGGCCAUUCGGGUUUGUGUGGCCUUCAGUUCGACGUGAAUCGUCGAAACGUCAAACAAGUUUAUAACGUUUCCCGGUUGCUAUGCCGUAAGGUACUUCGUAAACAGAGUUUAUUUAAGAAAUAUAUCGGAAUACUGUUGUCAAGCAUGGAUCCAAACAGACGGCAAAGGAAAGUUCUGCCGCAGAGACCUUUCUAUGCGCUCCCACCGGAACAGGAAAGCUGUACUGAAAUAGUAAAUAAAGCGAGGAAGACCAUAAAAACGAAAGAACACAGGGGAACAAACACCAGGACACCAGACAGAGCGAAUCGAAUUCAGGGAACAGACCACCAUUCGAUGCCGCUGGAUUUCGUUCUCACAGGAGCAGGUAUGGGCAUUAAACCGGAGAGGUUACCACCGGUAGGAACCAGGGCGCCCUCUACUGCGACACCGGACGUACCGAAAGAAACAGCGACACUACAAACCCUGCUCAAAGAUCACAUACACAGCAUGGAGACUAUAUUGCACAAGUCACGUGGGGCUACUGGGUCACGUGAUGGCGAUGCUAAGAAAACAUUCCUCACUGAGCGUUAUGAGCAAAUAUUAAAUGGCGACUUCGAGGGCGACAUUCCCAAUAUAGCGAAAGUAGUUCGGAUUUUUCUCAGUUCAACAUUCACAGAUACAACAGAGGAAAGAAAUUGUAUCAUGUUUCGUGCUGUGCCGAAAUUAAAGCGGUUUUGUCAAGAGCGCGGUUACGAGUUUCAGAGAAUUGAGAAUUAUGUUCGUGGAGAAAUCAGACAACCUUUGGUUGUAUAUGGACCCUCAGGCUGCGGUAAAACGUCCAUAGUAGCCAUGGCAGCUACGAAGACACGUCAAUGGUUGGGCGGCAAAUGUAACGUCGUAUUGAGAUUGAAGAAAGAGUUGACCGCAGUACAAAGGUCACCACCUUUUGGCAUAACUGUCUAUCUACCGGAUGACAAUUUGCAUGUAUGGAAUGCAGAAAUCAAAGGACCUGCGGGAUCCCUAUAUGAAG